AUCUAUAUUUGUAUCUAUAGAGAACCAAUCAGAUGAUAUAGUGUUCGCAGUGAUGCUAGUUAGGCAAGUAUGAGAUUUUCCGCUCGAAGGUGGCAGGCUCCUGAGAACGAUGGUACGGAUCGCGGUCCGAUCCCCACUGAUGCCUCGUGGGGCGAAAUAUUUAUGCAUUUUGUUCUACCUUGGCUCGGGGGCAAACUGUUUAGUUUAGGAUGGACUUUUGUCUCAGCAGUAGCAAGCUACUCACCGUUCUUGCUCAUGACUCUUGUCGAAAACAAAAUGGACGAGCAUCGGUGGAAGACAAUGGCUCAACGCCAAAUGAGGGCUAGAGAAGACUUUGCGAUAGAGGAAUUCUCAGCUUACAAGGACGGAGACGAAAAAGACCAAUAUGUGGAGGAAGAAGAAAAUGAGGAGAACGAAGAAAAUGAAGAGGAUGAACCAGAAGAGGAAGAAGAGGAGCAAGACAGUCCGAAGGGGAAGAGAAAAGGAAAAGUUUGAUGAAGAAAUUUCACUUAUUGGAACAGAUAACAAAAUCAACUUUCUUUUUCAUGUGUAAAAAAUUAAUAAUGAAAAGGCUUAGAGCUUUAGAUAACUACAGGAAUCCUGCAAGGAAAUGUUAGUACAUGUUGAGGACAAAUUAUGGACUACUUCCUGCCAUCCCUUUCCUCUGCUAUCCCAGAAGGAUGGCUUUCCCUCCAUCCUCUCCCAUGUCUCUGACCCAUGAGCUCUAAGUACAUUCUGAUCACCAUUCUGCAAAGCUAUUUAUGUCAUUUUGUUCUAAAUUAAAAUUCUUUAUUCAUUAAUAACACCUUGAAAAGUAAAAAGUAGAAAGGAAGAUGCGUCAUCAGGUUAAGUAAACAGAUUUUGUAAAUAUUUUAAUUUUUUGUAGGCUGCUAAAAACUUUCAUAAUACUGUACUUUUCAAAAUAUUAGUUUUAUAAGUUGUAUAGGAUGAAUUUU